CCUUGCGCUCUGCUUUACUCCCUUUUUCCAUUGCGGCUAGGGUUUUAGCUCCUCACUGUCUUGCAGUCCAUUUUUGUCGGAAGUCUAGGCGCUAUGGGUAAGGAGAAGAGUCACAUCAACAUUGUGGUCAUUGGCCAUGUCGACUCUGGCAAGUCAACCACCACCGGCCAUCUUAUCUACAAGCUUGGAGGUAUUGACAAGCGUGUUAUUGAGAGAUUUGAGAAAGAAGCUGCCGAGAUGAACAAGAGGUCCUUCAAGUAUGCUUGGGUGCUGGACAAGCUCAAGGCUGAGCGUGAAAGAGGAAUCACAAUUGAUAUUGCCCUGUGGAAGUUCGAGACCACCAAGUACUACUGCACGGUCAUUGAUGCACCCGGACACAGGGAUUUCAUCAAGAACAUGAUUACUGGAACAUCUCAGGCUGACUGUGCGGUUCUCAUCAUUGAUUCAACGACUGGUGGUUUUGAAGCUGGUAUCUCCAAGGAUGGACAGACCCGUGAGCAUGCCCUUCUUGCUUUCACCCUUGGUGUCAGGCAGAUGAUUUGCUGCUGCAACAAGAUGGAUGCCACCACCCCCAAGUACUCUAAGGCCAGGUACGAUGAAAUCGUGAAGGAAGUGUCAUCCUACUUGAAGAAGGUCGGUUACAACCCAGACAAGAUCCCCUUUGUUCCCAUCUCUGGUUUUGAGGGAGACAACAUGAUCGAGAGGUCCACCAACCUCGACUGGUACAAGGGACCAACCCUGCUUGAGGCCCUUGACCAGAUCCAGGAGCCCAAGAGGCCCUCAGACAAGCCGCUGAGGCUGCCCCUUCAGGAUGUGUACAAGAUUGGUGGAAUUGGAACUGUUCCAGUGGGACGUGUUGAGACUGGUGUUCUGAAGCCCGGUAUGGUGGUUACUUUCGGUCCCAGCGGGCUGACAACUGAAGUUAAGUCUGUGGAGAUGCACCACGAGGCCCUCCAAGAGGCUCUUCCAGGUGACAAUGUGGGAUUCAACGUGAAGAACGUUGCUGUGAAGGAUCUGAAGCGUGGUUAUGUUGCCUCAAACUCAAAGGAUGAUCCGGCCAAGGGAGCUGCCAGCUUCACAUCUCAGGUCAUUAUCAUGAACCAUCCUGGACAGAUCAGUGGUGGUUACGCCCCCGUGCUUGACUGCCACACCUCCCACAUUGCGGUGAAGUUUGCUGAGCUGCUGACCAAGAUUGACAGGCGAUCUGGUAAGGAGCUUGAGAAGGAACCCAAGUUCUUGAAGAACGGUGAUGCCGGUAUUGUUAAGAUGAUUCCAACCAAGCCUAUGGUUGUUGAGACCUUCUCUGAGUAUCCUCCACUUGGUCGUUUUGCUGUGAGGGACAUGCGUCAAACGGUGGCUGUGGGAGUCAUCAAGAACGUGGAUAAGAAGGAAGCCACCGGCGCCAAGGUGACCAAGGCUGCCCAGAAGAAGAAGUGAAUCGUGCGGGCUGGUUUAUAUCCAUUGGUGCUGACCAUUAUGGCACCAAUAAAUGUUUUUCUAUUUGUAUUUUGCGUCUCCAGAUUCUGUCUUAGGUUUAUUGUUUACCGUGUCAAUUUGUUGCCUUGGUCAAGCAUCUUGUGUUGUCAGAACUGGGUGCUUGAUAGAAGGUGGCAAGGUUUUCUGGUACUUUUGUUUACUUCGUGUAGCUGAGAGUUUCAAAGAGUUUCAGUUUUGAAAGCUGCGGUAUGGUAUAGGACUAUUCUUCCACACUGCCGAUUGGAUAUCAAGUGCUAGCUCGUAAUAUGUUCAAAUUUUGUUGUUAUUAAUCCUUAACUUCUAUGCUCGCCUUUUGUGAUUCCUGUCUUUAAUGUUUGUAAUACAAUGCAUUUUUGGUA